CCUUUCUAUGCGUUGCAUGGUUGAGGACGUGUGUCCAGACGUUCUUCAUUCCACGGUCUGUCUCUCUCAGACGUGACACUGCCCCCGCCAUCACCCUCCUCCCCUCUCAGCUGUCCUCUUCUGUUUUUGUCUUUGUCGUGCGAUCUUCUUUCGCGCUGACACACCAAGGCUGUGUGAGACAGGGCUCGCCAAGGACAUACAGUACUUAUUUACUAUAAGUUCAGUAUACCAUGACCGCCUCUACGUUCAAGGAACGCGGCGCCCCGCGCAGGGGUCUUCUCAGCACCUUGGCCCUCUUCUCCGUGUUGGCCCUUGGCUUGCUCGCCAUCUCGGUGCUGAACAGCAACCAGAGGCCCAGGGCGUUUGCAUCCUCGUCCGAGGAGCUGGAUAAUGUUGACUUUGACGACUUUGAGGAGGUCAAGGAGUUUCUGACGUCCAAGACGCGGGCCUCUACUGGUGACCAGUACUUGAUAGGAGUGGGCAAGGCUGACAUUACCGGCCCCGUUGUCGAGGUAGAGUUUGGUGGAUAUGCGGACCUGAGCCAGAUUGGAACGGGUCUGCGCCAACGUCUCUACUCUCGGGCUUUCAUCAUUGGCGAUGUCAGCAACCCAGAUGACAGGUUUGUUUACCUGGUGCUGGAUAUUGCUGCUGGCGAUACAGCCCAGCGCUAUGGCAUCCUGGAAGGGCUUGCUGCCCUGGGCGAUGACUAUGCCGUCUAUGGACAGUCAAACGUGGCUGUGACGGGCACUCAUUCCCACAAUGGUCCUGGUGCCUGGUGGAAUUACCUCCUGCCUCAAAUCACGAGUCUUGGGAUGGAUCUCCAGAGCGUGAACGCUAUCAUUGACGGCGCUGUCCUCUCCAUCCAGAGGGCACACGAGAGCCUGACAGAAGGUUAUCUUGAUGUCGGCACUGUCAACAUUACCGAUGGCAACCUGAGCCGCAGUCUCUAUGCCUACGAGAACAACCCCGCCGAGGAGCGCGCCUUGUACGACAGCUCUACGGAUCAGACCCUGACCAUGUUGCGGUUUCAGCGUGCCUCGGAUGGCCUCAACAUGGGCGUCCUGACCUGGUAUCCGGUUCACGGCACGUCCAUGUAUGGAAACAACACGCACGUAGCUGGCGACAACAAGGGCGUAGCCGCUUACCUCUUUGAGCAGACCAUGGCCAGCGACAGCUCAGCUGCUGAUGGUUUCGUCGCCGGUUUCUCGCAGGCGAACGUGGGCGACACAACACCCAAUGUCCUGGGCGCCUGGUGCGAUGAUGGCACUGGAGACAUGUGCAGCUUCGAGAACAGCACGUGCGCCAACGGCAAGUCGCAGGAUUGCCAUGGUCGAGGGCCCCUCUUUGCCAACGUCGACCUCGGUGUGACCUCGUGCUACGAGAUGGGCCGUCGUCAGUUCCAGGGCGCAUAUGACCUGUACGGCGACUUUGACGCGCAGUCCACCCCCAUCGUGGGCACGACCGUCAAGUCGUAUCACUUCUUCCAGAACAUGAGCUACUUUGAGUUUGCCCUGCCCAACGGCACGACCGUCAACACAUGUCCCGCCGCCCUGGGCCAGUCCUUUGCGGCCGGCACCACCGACUGGCCUGGCGCCUUCGACUUUGUCCAGGCCGACUCUGGCCAGCCUGACGACCCGCUGUGGGAUGCCGUCGCCUACCUUCUCAAGGACCCAGGCCCAGAGCAGGUCGCAUGCCAGUACCCCAAGCCCAUCCUCCUGGACGUCGGUGAGAUCUACGAGCCCUACGACUGGACGCCGGAUAUCGUCGACGUUCAGAGCUUCCGUGUCGGCCAGUUUAUCAUCAUCGUCUCGCCCAGCGAGGCCACCACUAUGUCGGGCCGCAGGUGGCGCAACGCCGUCGCCAGCGAGGCCUCGGCCACCUUCCUCAACGACACCGAGCCCAUCGUCGUCCUGGGCGGCCCUGCCAACACCUACGCCCACUACGUCGCCACCCUCGAGGAGUACCAGAUCCAGCGGUACGAGGGCGCCUCCACCCUGUAUGGCCAGUUUGAGCUCGACGCCUACAUGAACCUCUCCAUCAGCAACCUGCACUACCUCUCCCCAGACUCGACCGACUCCCCUGCGUCCGGCCCUUACCCGCCAGACAACAGGGCGGUCUCUCUUGAUUUCAUCGCCGGUGUCGUCUAUGACGGUGCCCCGAUCGGCAGCGCCUUUGGCGAUGUCAUUACACAGCCCAACGCCUCGUACACCAUCGGCAGCGUCGUCAACACCACCUUCCAGGGCGCCAACCCGCGCAACAACCUGCGCCUCGAGGGCACCUUUGCGGCCGUGGAGCAGCUGGUCGACGGCUCCACCUGGACCCAGGUCCGUGACGACAACGACUGGCACCUUGUCUACACCUGGGCGCAGACCGACACCAUCCUGGGCUACAGCCAGGUCAUCAUCACCUGGGAGACGGAGACGACCGACAAUUCGGCCACGGCACCAUAUGCCGAGGCGGGCACCUAUAGGGUCAGAUAUUAUGGUGACUGGAAGGACAUCUUUGGCACCAUCACGGCCUUUAAUGGAACAAGUGAUACUUUUACCUUGACCUCGUGAGAGAGGAAAAGAGUUUGGAAACAUGCCGGGUUGCCCUUGGUUUCUAUUUCGACUCGGUGGUAUCUACUUUAUAUACACAUACUUUUUAUUUACUUAACGAAGACCACACAGCGAUGACAUCG